AGUGACUGGACAUGUCAUCGCUGUAUAGUGGAUAGCCAAGAGGCAGCACGACGCCAUCAUUACCAUGCCAGGUCGUCAUUCUCUCUACGUUCAGCCUCGUCAACCACCUCACUCCGUCUCUCCACCACCUCCACUGUCGGUCUCCCCAGAAGGCCCUCCUCAGCGAUGGGCUACUCUAUCUCCUCUUCCUCGACCGAAAACACUCAGGCUACUCGUUUCACCCCCUGCUCUAUUCCACAAUGCGAGGCACCUUCAGUCAAUAUCUUCUGUGCCCAGCAUCUAAAGUCUUUUCCAGUACCACUACCCGUCGACCUGGCCACUUCUGCCUCUCAGAAACCUGACACGACUGCUGCUUUAUCAAGGUCAUCAGUACACCCAUCCUCAUCGUCUCAGUCACCCAUCACUUCACAUUCAGUUGAUGGUCAAGGUGGCGCCGAAAAACCAGCCCAGCCUCACAGCGAGGCUGAAGUUGCCGAUGUUGUUAGACAAAGUCCACAAGGCUGCACACCAAAUCCUCCGGAGGCAGGUCCGGUUAAGAACCGUUCUUCGCCCUUUCCCACCACAAAGUCAAAACUCUUGCCGGGAAAUAUUGUUAGGCGCAAAACCGCCGGCAAAGACCCAUACCUAAACGGACGGACUCCCAAACCUGGACCCGGCACGCAUAAAGGUUCUACCUCCUUAGCGCAAACCUUGAACUCGACGUCAAAUGGGCCCUCUUCACUUGGACCCAAGGUCCUCUCUUCUACCACAGCAAACUCCAUCUCCCCACGUUUGACCACAGACAUCAGUUCCUUGUCAUUUUUGAACGGUGGGCCACCUCACAAGAGCCCGAGUUUAUCGCCUUCUUCCAACAGUCUUGACAGCAGUCGCAUUAACCGUUCUGAGACUCGUGACAAGCCUCGAUCAGAGGCCAAAUCUCAGGAGUCUACGCAGCCCGCCAUCAUGGCAAUCGACGCCCCUUGUCUGUCGGCUGAAAAGCAAUCACCGGGUGAGCGCCAAAAUGGUUCUACACAACCGUCAAACCCGGGGCUCCCACCACGGAGGAUAGCAGAACUUGCACGACAGUUGAGAUUUUCUGAUGAGAUGCAAGAUGCGGCCUGCAGCGGCUCGGCUGUGCAUGCUCCUCAGCAACCUAUGAAAGGUCCGACCCCCGCUCAGAAUCAAGCGCGGCAGAACAAUCUUCCUCCUGCAAACCACCAGCAAAACUUAUCUGGAGGCAUCCCAAACUUACAAGUUAUAAUGCCAACCGGUCAGAGCAGUAACUAUAUGUCUAUGGCCGAUAGGGUUAUGGUUCACUAUGCCAGGAGCGCAUUUGAUCUCGCGGGCUAUAACCCUCCAGCAGGGCUAAUACGAGGGUCUGUGUCAACCCGUUUCACCGCCAAUGGAGCCGAACCAAAUUCCACGGAGCCUCUCCCAGAUCUUCGUGGUCAGGAUCUACUACAAGGGUCGAGGUUUUCAAGUAAUCCAGAUCAGACAGUUGGGCAACCUAGACCACUGCCUCCACAGAAACCCCACCAACCUCAGCCCAGGCCACGGCCCAUAGUGACCAAUAUACAUGAGCCGAUCAUAAUAUCAGAUUCUGAUUCGGAAUCCGCAGAACAUUCGGAGCCGGAGCUGCAAGCAGAAUCAACCCCUCCAGCUGAACCAGCACCAGAUCCAAAGCCGACAAUACGACAGCAGCCACAGGCAAAGAAACCAGAGCAGCAGCCGAAGCAGAAGCCACAACCUCAAGGGCAGCCAACCCAAGAAGCGGAUCCUCCAGACACAGAACCAGAACCCGUACCUGAGCCGGUCUCGAAAGCUCAACCGAAACCCAAACUAAUACCCCAACCCGUAGCCAAACCGGCACCUCAGCUCAGUCCACGCAAACAGGCCAAUCCGCUCCCAAGGAAGGUACCAACACCGCCACUGUACGCUCACAUUGAUCCCCGGAUACACUGGCCACAGCGACACUCGCAAGAAUGGUUUGAAGCCAAGCAAAAGGAGAUUCAAGCCCGCGGUAAACGUAAAGCCAACUUUGGCAAAGCUGCUCGAAGUAUGCACAGGCAGCGGGUGGCUGAAGGACCACCGGAGACCCUUGAGGAGACGUUACCGGAUAAGGUGCUAGAUAACCCGGCUUGGGUGGAUAUGCUCAAGAAGCUACGGGAUAUGAAGCCUGCGGCUGGAAGUGGAAAGGGAAAUGAAACUAGUGGUACUGCCACUGCGACCACAACGACAGCGUCAGCAACAGCGACGACUACAAGAGGGCGAAGAACCGGCGGCGGGUUGAAGAGAACGUUCUCAAAUGUCUCUACGGGAACCACUACCAAUGGUGGUGAGCCUGAAACAGCCGAACCAGCAGACAAGGCUGUCACUACUCCUAACCCAAAAAGGAGAGCAACCGGUGCUGGGCUGAGGAGGGCGUUUUCGAAUGUCUCGGCGGGAUCGCCACUGUAG